UUUAACAGCAAAUUUAAAACUUUCAAACUCAAAUUUUAAAAAAAUUUAACUAAAAGAUUUCAAAAAAUACUAUGGCAGAUGCAGCUAAUUUAAAAGAUUUAUUGAGUUCUGGAAACACAGAAGAACUAAAAAUUAUACGUGAUAAAGAGCUUCACAGAUAUCAAACCAAUAAGAUUCUAAUUGAUAUAUUAAAAUCAGGUGCAAACAAACAAUUUGAAGGUUUUUCUCCGAUCUUAAGCAAGUCUCUUAAAAUAUUAAAUAUCAAAGACUAUGUUAAAUUGGAGAGUGAUAUGCCACUACUUGGAUUAGAUACUAUGAAUAUUACAUUGCCUUAUUCUGAGAAAAAAAUUAUUAAAAAUUUUGUUGUGCAGAAAAUGAAAGAACAAAUACAACCCCUUUUGGAAUAUAUAAGUUUUACAAAACAAAAAUAUCCGGAUGUAUUCAAUUUAAAAGAAAAACAAAUGGAGAUCCUUGCCUUAGAAGAAAAACGACAUAGUUCAGUGUUAAAUUUAAUGGAUAUAAGAAAGAAAAAAUUGCUCAUACUCCAAAAUAUUUUGGAUAUUAAGCUAAGUCCGUAUCUUCAGAAAGAAAUUAGAUUGAUGUGUACCGAAUAUAAAUCAAAUCUACAAAAAAUCAACUUGUUGAAUAGCUAUAUUGCUCAGGAAUUUGUUUCAAGCUGUGAUUAUACUGACAAAGCAUUGAAGGAAAUCAACGCCUGCAUAGAUACUGAGCUUGAGAAUUAAUAAUAGAAAAUCAAGUUUCACGAUCUAUUCAUAUAUGAAGCUCUUAACAUGACAAUUUUAAUAUUUAAUUUAAUAGUACCAAUACUACACAUAUUGAACACAUAUUGAAUGUAUAAGUAAUAAAUUGGAAAUGACUUAGUAAUGCAAUACCUUAAAA